AUGCCCAAGCCUCCACGGAUAGAAAUGCACGGUGUGGAAGUGCAGCUCCUUUGCAAUGGCAUGGUGCCGCUUGUUAGUAUGGAGACGUCGUCUCCUUUUCAUGGCUGCGCUUCGUCAAUGUUGCAAGCAGCAGUGGACAGCUUUGCCAAGGUUGAUGGCCUCUACCAGCACUGCUCCGAUGAGCGGAUCGCGAGGGACCUCGAUCGCAGUUUGGGCUUGCGCCUUUCGGACUACAUGCUGGCUCAGGUGAAGAACUUCCAGGAUGUCCGAGGUGCUGGACUGACCAAGCGGUCACUGCUGCUGGCAUUGGUGCUAGGCAGCUUGGAUAAACAGUUCCGCCACUUUGUACGCCACAGCAUGGCAGAGAAGUUUGAAACGUUGCAGCAUGUUGCAGCCUUCGACAUAGACUUUCAGACUUUGAGGCUUUGCAAGUUCCUAGUUCGAGCCAUGAGGCGUCAGCCAGGUCUAGCGGGCCUAAUGCGUGGACAGGCUCAGCAAAAUGCGCUCAGUGCGGUAGGAGAGCGGAUCGAGGCCGACAAAAGCCAGCAAGCCCAAGUGUUGCUGCAAAACCUUCAGCAGUCCUUGCGGGACUUUGCGUCUCGCCACCGCGACCGCAUCAACUCAGACCCGCAGUUCCGCAAGUCUUUCUGCGAAAUGUGCAUUGCUGCUGGCGUCGAUCCGUUAGCAAGCAGCAAGGGUCUCUGGGAUGAGCUGUUGGGAGUGGGACAGUUCUACAACGAUCUCGCCGUGCAAGUGUUGACGCUUUGUCUCACAAGCCGGGAUGAGAAUGGUGGCUUGUUGGAUUUGAAGCAGUGCCUCACGACGCUCAGACGCUCUCGACGGGGUGAUCUUGGCAUGGAGGAUAUUGAUCGCGCCGUGGACUGCUUGGCACAGCUGGGGCCUGGAGUGUCCAUCCGCAUCUGUGGAAAGCACCGCUUGAUCUGCUCGGUUCCGGAGGAGCUGAGCGACGACCCAGCUCAGGCCUUGGAUGUUGCAGCCCGACAAGGUGGGAAGGUUUGUGCAGAGGAUUUGGUGAAAAAUGGCUGGAGUUCGGAACGGGCUGAGAGCGCCCUGCGACACUGCAUUCGUGAGGGCCUCUGCUGGAUUGACACCCAGGAUGACCAAGUGCCCAUGUGGUGCUGGUUUCCAAGCAUCGCCUUAGUCGAGAUGGACAAAGCCACAAUCGACCCCUGUCUGGGCUUGACAAGCACGGUGAAGACCAAGACGUUGUGGACAGCCUUGCACGAGUUUGACCCGGAAGUGGCCAACAAGUUCGACGAACUGCUUAGUGCGUGUUGGGAAGCCACGCAGAACAACCAGAAGCAAGACAGUUGGUGGAAUUCUGGUGGUGGGUACAACGGAAACUCAGGCAAUCUCGGCUACGGAAACGACGAUGACUGGGGAACGUGGAAAGACCGAAGUCGCUCCAAUCCGCGGCCAAAGGCGCGGGGAGAUCGGUCCCGCAACACGGGAGCCUCUCGUGGUCCGCAAGUGCAAGGAGGCCAGCAAAAAGUCAAGGAGGAGCCUCGUCCAAAGAAGCCAAAGCUGGGACUGUCCCAGCACAAUACACAGGCCUUCGAGAACAAGAUCAAUAGUUUUAGAGAAGCUGUCAUCGACAAUGCUCCCCGUACGCUGGCCGUCGGAAGUCAGCACGACGAUCGAGCUGAUAGUUGGACAGGUGAGACCUUCGACACGCGAAGUGAAGGAGGCAAGUCGGCUGCCUCUGGUGAGCCGAUAGUGGGUCGGAACACGGAUCCCGAGCGCUCCUUCAUGCGCUUCUCGGGGCAGCCGAAGCCCGAAGAUGUUCGUCCGCUGCAAGUACUCCGGGAGGCUCUCUCGAUGGCGAAAGACAAAUGGAAAAGCCAGAGAGAUUGGAGCCAUGUCGGCGAGAUGUUAAGAAGCAUCUCGCAGGACUUAAGAGUGCAGCAUUUGCAUAAUGGCUUCGCGGUUGAGGCCCACGAGUACUGGGCGCAGGUGGCUCUGGAGUCUGGUGAUUUCAGAGCCUUCAACACAGCAGCCCAAGAACUGGAGGCGUACUACGAGGAUCCCGAGCUAGAGAAAGGUGCCGCCAGGGUUAAGGACAUCUUGGCGUGGUACAUUCUGUACUUGGGCAUCGAGGGUGAAGGGGUGGCUACCAGCCGCUUCCUGCAGAAGCACUCGAAACGCCUUGGUGUCGGUGACGAGAACAUGGUACCAGUCGUCCAGCUGGCUAUGAGUCUUCGAAGAAACAUGGCGCAGCAGCGAUUCCUACAAGUUGUUCGAACACUUGGUGCGCAGCCGCCCGCAGCGAAAGGUGGAUCUGAGCUCAUCCCUACCAGUCUGAGGUUGGAGAUGCUUCGCAAAGCCAAGCUGGAGGCGCUCGUCUCGCUUUGCAAGGCCUUUGACAAAAUGCGGGACUUGCGUCGUUCUCGUCUCAAAAGCCUCGACUUGCUCUUAGAGGCUGAAGGUGGCAGUGAGCUGCCCGUUGUCUACCAGGAUCCUGACGCCGACUUGGUGGACACGCAUGCCACUUUUCAAGAGGCAAAAAAGCUUCUUGAGAAGCACGACAAGCGGCAAGUGUUGCCCACAGGAGGGGUGCGCAUUGUGCGCCGAUUAGGGCGGCCGUCCAAUGAUCACCUGACAAACUUCGUGCGCCAGAACAGUGGAGCCACUUGCUGGCAGGGCACCAGAUUGCGAUUAGCAGUCGUCUAUGUUCUCAGAAUCCUGGAGACCUGUCAAUAUGGCUGGCGUAAGGUGUUGGCCGCUCGAGAGUGGCGCACAUGGGGAGGACCAGGUGGCGACAUGGCCAGCGCCGGUCCUGCUUCGUUGUAUCCAGUCGUGAAGCCGGGGGACACAAUCUACCUCAGGGCCUACAACGGCAGGUUCCUGGGCAUCCGGGACUUCCAAGUGGGAGCCCAUUCUUCUGACAAGGCCUCCGCGCAAGCGUUCAAAGUCGAGAAACGCUCAGUAGGUGAUGUCUACCAUGGAGACAGGAUAUUCCUGACCAAUACGAACGGCCGCAAGCUGGAGGUGAACGGAGACGAGGUGAGCGCGAGAGGUGGCCACAUGGGCCCCAAGCAAGAGUUUGUUGUAGAGCAUUCCGGGGCGCUUCCUCGGCCAAUUGCUGUAGGCGACACCAUUUACCUACGAGCACAUACCGGGAAACACAUCGACGUGGUCGGACAUACUGUGCAGGCACGCUUCACGCGACAGGGAAUGGGCUACCAUGCCUUUGUCGUUGAGAAGCAGCCCAGAUAG